GGUUGAGUAGGAAGAGCUGGAAGCUGGGAAUCGCGGGAGGAUGUGUGAUCCGAAGGCGUGAGGGGCCGAGGCACCUCCUUGGAGGUGGGGCGUCCCUGUCCCUUGAGUCUGGUGGGAGGGGUUGUGUAGGGGCAGAACUUUGGUCCUGGGUCUUUCUGGGCGGAGCGAGCCGUCUGCAGAACGUUGUGUUUCUCGUUCAGAGGUUCUCAGUUCUACUGUCCUUGCUAUCCCAGACUGCACACAGCAGUCAUGGCCCAGCAGCCGCCCGACGUUGAGGGGGAUGAUUGUCUUUCUGAAUACCACCAUCUCUUCUGCCCGGAUCUUCUCCAGGACAAAGUGGCCUUUGUUACAGGUGGUGGUUCUGGGAUUGGCUUUCGGAUCGCCGAGAUUUUCAUGAGGCAUGGCUGCCACACUGUCAUCGUCAGCAGGAGUCUGCAGAGAGUGACCACGGCUGCUAAGAAGUUGGUUGCUGCCACCGGAAAGCGGUGCCUUCCUCUGUCUAUGGAUGUCCGAGUUCCCCCAGCUGUCAUGGCUGCUGUGGACCAAGCGCUGAAAGAAUUUGGGAAAAUCGACAUCCUCAUUAACUGUGCAGCUGGAAACUUCCUUUGCCCUGCCAGCGCUUUGUCUUUCAAUGCCUUUAAGACUGUGAUCGACAUUGACACCAUCGGCACCUUCAAUGUGUCUCGUGUGCUUUACGAGAAGUUCUUCCGGGAUCAUGGAGGAGUGAUUGUGAACAUUACUGCCACCCUCAGUAUGCGGGGGCAGGUGCUGCAGCUACAUGCAGGUGCUGCCAAGGCAGCUGUGGAUGCUAUGACACGACACAUGGCUGUGGAGUGGGGUCCCCAGAAUAUCCGUGUCAACAGCCUGGCUCCUGGUGCCAUCAGUGGCACUGAGGGGUUGCGGCGAUUAGGGGGCCCCAACGCCAGUUCAACAUUAAAGCAUCUUUCAAACCCUAUUCCGAGACUUGGAACCAAGACAGAGAUCGCCCACAGUGUGCUGUACCUGGCCAGCCCUCUGGCUUCCUAUGUCUCAGGGAUUGUGCUGGUGGUCGAUGGCGGCAGCUGGAUGACAUUCCCAAAUGACAUCAAGCGGCUGCUAGAGUUUGAGUCUUCCUCUGCUAAGCUGUAGGGGAGUCUCAUGGAUAUCCACCAUCUUUUUUAAAAUAGCAUCUCAUGUAUACUAUGUAGCUGGAGAUGACUUUACAAAAGAGCCGCCCUGCCAAUUUUUGCAGUGUUUGAAGAUCACACCCAAGGCUUCAAGCAUGUUGAAUCAGCAGAAUCAACUGAACAACAUCCUCUGCCCUAGGAGACAUCUUCUGAUACAUAAACAUUGUACUCAAGACAGUUAUGUUGAGAAGGCGGUGUUCUUGGUGGGGAAUGCCUCCUGCCUCACACAGGUCUAUAAUGUUGAAUCUGAUUUGGAAAUCCGAGCCCACUUGCCCUGCCUCUGAGAUCAAGCUGUUUCCAAGUUCUGCCUCUCCUUUGCCCACAUCCUGAGUAGGAAUAACUAGAUCAUGAGCUUUGCUUACAGUAUCUAAAGAGUUCCUGUGAUUUUACCAGGAAAAAAAAUGCAUUUUCUUUUAAAAAUCAUCUUUUUUACUAUAAAAAUAUCUAUGAGUUGGAAUUUGUAAAAGUUUCUAGAAAGAAAAUUUAAAAGAUUGACUGAUUCUAUCACUGAAA